UUUCAAAGGCGGCCUCCGCGGCCUCGCGCGGAAAAGGGCAAAAGGCACCCGGAAAAGAGCUCUUAAAAUGACCCUUCCGGCUAGCCGUCGCAGCGACGGUAAGGCUUUUCCAAGAUGGCGGCGCCCAGAUCUGUCGGUGAGCGGCAGCUCCGGGAUAGUUUACUGGCAUUUUUUCUCCUCUCCCGUGUCUUUUAUGCCGCAGCCGGGACGGAAGAAGGCGCCAGCACAGCCGAAUUCGACGUGAGGCCUGGAGGAAUAGUCCACUCUUUCUCCAAGAGCCUGGGAGAUUAUGAAUGCACUUUUACCUAUGCAGCUCAAGGCGGGACAAAUGAGCAAUGGCAGAUGAGUGUCGGAGUCAGUGAAGACAACUUACUGUUCUCGUGUUCAGUCUGGAGGCCCCAGGGAAAAUCCUAUCUCUUCUUUACCCAGUUUGAGGCAAAGGUGAAGGGGGCAACGAUCGAGUACGGCAUGGCUUUUUCUUCUGCUGCAGCCGGAGGACAGAAAGAUGUCCCCUUGAAGGAGGAAGAAUUCCAAGUGACAGAAACAGCCGUAUCCCACAAGGAAGGCAAAUUCCGCUCGGAACUCUCCAAGCUGGUGGUCGUAGCGAAAACAACCCAUGACGAGUUGUGACCGUGACGCCAGAAACAUCGUGCCUCACUUGGGAACAAGACGGCAGGAAGGAACGGAGGCGUCGGCUGAUAUUUUGCCUGAGGAGGAUUGUCGGAUCAGAAUCGGGGCUCCACUUUUGUAUGCUGGGGCUUGGAGACAUCCCCAAAGCGUUUCAAACUCCAGUGAGAAUUUGGGGGGGGGGGGCGUGCCCCUCUGUCACGUUCUGCUUUAGUGAUCCAGCGGCUACAAAGAGCACCACCCAGGGUGAGGGAAAUAAGUCAGGGGACUCCUCCUCCACCUUCUGCGCUUACUUACAUUGUAGCGAUGGAACAUCACAGAAUUAUUCUUUACCCUUUUAGCUCCUUGAGAACAUUCUCAAACCAAAGAAUGUUUUCUCCCCCCACCCUCCCCAUCUCCAUGCCUCUUCCUUCCCCCAACGUAAUUUGGUCCGAUAGGUAUGAAGGGACUCCGAUUGUGGUUUUUUAAAAAUUUGGAAUAAAUCAAAAUAUGUCUCUUAAA